AUAACGAACCAUUUGGGAACACCACUGCCUCAACAAUGAACAUACUUGGCAUCGUAAUAUUGCUAUUGUGUCCUCAGAGACCUUUUGCGGUAGUUGAUCUCUAUUCGCGUUUGGCUCUUUUAGAAGUCACAGUGUCUUCGCUUUUGAAAACAGAUGCAGAACAGACAGAGACUAUCAGGCUUCAAGAGGUGAAGAUGAAAGAACAGUCAGAAGAAAUAAAGGAACUGAAACAGAUUAUUCAAGACAUUCAGACAAGAGAACGCUUAACGCCAAUGAAACCCAUGAAACCAAAACUCGAUUUAUUGCCUCUACAACAUCAAAUUCUCAACAACCAAUCUGGUGAUCAGAAAUCAGCAAGGGCAAUGUUAAAAAAGAAAAUUGUUAGAUCUGACAGGACAAUUAAUGCAACUAUGGCCAACUAUGUUCCACGAACGGCGCGCCGAGGUAUCAUCGCAAGUCCAGUUGCCUUUACUGCAGUAAAAGUUAUCAGUCAAGAUAAUAUCGGAGUAAACCAAAACAUCCAGUUCGAAAAUGUUGUUCUCAACGACGGAGGUGGCUUUCACGCGAACCACGGGAUCUUCAUUGCACCAGUAGGCGGAUACUACUUGUUCACGACCUCGUUUUUGCAUCCGCCUGGACCGAUCGACAUUCGAGUUGGUUUGAUGCACAAUGGCCGACUGAUGGCAAAGGUUUCAGGUUAUGUUACGUGGGAUCAUAGUUCAAUGACCCUUGUGCUGAAGAUUGCUGCGGGAGAUGAGGUUUGGUUGGAAAAUAAAGACGUCGGAUCCCAAAGCAUUUACGGCGGCUAUUACUCCUCCUUUUCUGGUGUGCUACUUCAUCAACUGUAAUCUUACAAAAUACACUGUUUGCAUGUC